AAAAAAAUCUGACAAAAGAGAGCGCACAUAGGAGGGUCAGAGCAGAUGCUUGUUGCUUCAUAUUGACGAGGUGGAACCAUUAAUGAAUUCUUGCUUGCUUGCUCCUUUGGCUUCAUCGUUACUCUGCAUACCGCCUUGUGAAUCCUAGUUAGGCGUGUUUGCUCUCUGAAAGGACAAGGAACGAUGCUUCGCUGGGUCUUGCUUGCUUUGCUCAUUGGCCUCUGUGCCAGUGCUGGGGAACAGAAAGCUAAAAAGAAAGUGAAGAGUCAGUCCUUGUCAAGAGGAUGGGGAGGUGGUAUUAACUGGGCCCAAAAUUAUGAAGAUGGCCUAGCAAAAAUGGCCAAAAGUCAGAAACCUCUCAUGGUCAUUCAUCAUAAAGACAACUGCCCACACAGUAAAGACCUGAAGAAGGCAUUUGUUGCGGAUAAGACUAUCCAGAAAAUGGCAAAAGAGGAUUUCAUCAUGCUCAACGUGGUGGAAGAGACUUCGGACAAGAAUCUGGCACCUGACGGUUACUAUGUUCCCAGAAUCCUCUUUGUUGAUCCAACCAUGACUGUCCGCACAGACAUUACAGGAAAGUACAGCAACCACCUCUACACCUACACAGCGAGUGACAUCCAGGACCUGGCCGACAACAUGAAGAAAGCCAAAGUCCUGCUGCACAGCGAACUCUAACGUGGUGCCUGACGUCUCAGCAUCUUCCACACAUGACUGCUCAGUGGCCAGAACUGAAUUAUUUAAAUGUUUUUGGUGCUCAUUAAAACCAAAAUAAAGGAAAAGAAAGACA